GUUGACUUUCAAUGAGCAAUCCCCUAACCCAUCUAGGCACACCUUUGAACUUCUUGAAUGUUCUCAUAGAAAGUCAUCGACUGCCCGCCUUUCCGGGUAGGUCUGGGGGGUCAUCUGCGCUUCCCACACUUUUUUUUUCACUCGGGAUGGAUUGGGGGGAGGAGUUUUGGGGAUCCCAGUUAAAUUCCCCUGGUCUUUCCCUCCCCCCGCAAAGACGUCGCACACACAGACAAUCGGGUUUAGGAGGUCGCUGCUUCUGCGGGGGAACAAUAUCAUUAGACACGCUCUCGUACUAAAAUAGAACCGCCGCUGUGGAAAUUUUCUUUCCCCUAUCCCCUCUCUCUUUCUCUUCCAGAUUGCACAUGUCAUGCUCUCAGGUAGAUCACGACUUCAUGUCCACCGAGAUUAGCUUUGAACACUUUGACCCCACGCUGGAGCUAGGCACUUUGGAUGAAAAUGGCAAGCCUAUUCGUCCAAAGAAGAAACCUGGAAGGAAACCCAAUCCUCCUAGUCCUGCACAACGAAAAGCUCAAAACAGAGCAGCACAGCGCGCGUUUCGCGAAAGAAAGCAACGAGAAAUGAGAGAAGCCGAGCAUACCAUUCGACGAACCGUGUUUGCUCGAGAAAAGGCUCUCAAAGACUUGGCGGAAGCCCAAAAGCGAAUCAAACAACUAGAAUAUGAAAGUCAGCAUCUGAAGGGCAUGCUAUUAACCUAUAAGGUUGCUUGCUUUUCUCAUGGCGUGGAUGUGCCCAAGUUCUGGGCUGAAGCUGGUAAUACCACCGAUGCCUACGGUGCUGAAGUCCUCAGUUACUCAAAGUGCAAGACGGUUCCACAUGCUUUAGAACUGUAUCUUGAUAAAGAUCUUCAUAUUAUCACCGACACCGACGAAGACGAUCAAACUCAAGUCUAUAAGCCUAUUCCUGGAGCUUUCCCUAUGCCCGAAUUGGAUCCAGAAAACAUGCAACUGACAUUGACCAAUUUCCCUAUACCGUUACCGUUGACGGCUCAUCAUUUAGAAGCCCUUCUUAGCUGCAACAUUUUCCCGAAUAUCGUCCAGCAAUUAAAUGCCGGAGAUCUCAAAUUUUUCACCAAUCCCAAUAUUCAGACCACUACCCCAAUCGGAGCAGCACGUGAAUCCUCGGUAGCCAAAGAGGAACCACUGGAUGAUGAAGCAGAGUUGCGGCGAUUGAAGCAAGAAAAUGACGAAGGUUACAAAGUUUUGCCUCCUAUGACACCGGUGGAUGCCCUAAAAUAUAUGCGCCAAGAACCCGAUGCCCAACAUAGUGAAUUUACUGCAUUAUUCGAGCCUACUGAACUGCAGAUGACGGUUCCCCACGAUUCUCGCAUCGACAUUGUACCUGGAGCCGGCAUGCGAGAUCGAAUGAUCAUCUUCAGAGAUCUCUACGAUGCCAACGAACUUUUCACCGUUCUGCUCGAAUCUUCGUUCUUUUUGGGUGGUCAGAUUGGAGACCCUGACUGUUGGUAUGUGCCGCCAUCCUUCCUCAAAAAGUUUUGGUACCUCUGCCCCAAUCAUUUACCCAUGCGACGAGCCGACAACUCCAUGGAAAUUAUGAUCAACCUUGGGCAUAGGAUGACGGAGAAGUUAUGGGAACGCAAAGGAAUGCAUACUGAACGAGAAAAAUACGUGGAUCAUUUCCCUGCGAUUACCAAAGGCUUCCAGGGAUUGACCAUUGCUGCUCCCUCUUCUAUUUCUGAAAUGACUUCGGCCGGUACCGAAAGCGAUUCAUUUAUCAAAGAAAGCAGCGAAGAGUUGCCUAUGGAUGUGGUAAUGGAUAUCAUGGAGUCCAUGCCUCCCUUGACUUCACCCCUAGUGCAAUUCGUGUAAAGGAAAAAAAAAUUCUUAUCCUUCGGUUACCCUGCUGCUUUUCGUUCUGCCAUAUAAACCUCAUACUCCUUUGUCUAUAGCUUGCUCACUCCCGCUCAUCUUGACCUUUCUUCCAGACGUUCUGCUCUUUCAUGUAAUUAUUUAUGACCCAAUUUAUUUAAAAAAAAAAUACCAAUUACUUGCGUACACGGAUGAUGUCAAUCCCAGUGUGUGGAUAAAAUGAGAAGGAUUUUUUCAUUGUUUCCUAAGGGUCUGGUUUGAGCACGGAACCUCCCCCAACUUUGACGUUGAACACAACGUCGUCGUUACUUUCACAUGUCAGUCCCAACCUUUGGGUUUUUU